CUCCGACCCGACUGCGACCACACCUCUGAACCGACAUACAUACAUACACAACCAUCGCUGCAGGCAGCUACCUUCUCUACACCAAAGAAAAGAAUCAUAAUAAUUUAAAUUGCAACCAUGGUCCAAGGAUCCCUUAAGAAGAAGCCCGCGGGCAACAGUGGGAAUCUUGUGAAGCGUCCCUCAGCCCUCGGCCCCAAGCGCGGACCGAGACAAAUCGCACCUAAGAAGACGACGUUGGUUAAGCAGCAGAAGUUGACUAAGAAACUCACGGCGGGAUUGGUGGCCCGGACGGAGAAGAAUCUUGCAGAGAAGGCGGGACAUUUGGAGUUGUUGGCGGGAGGAAAGAAGGAUAAGAAGAAGGAUACUAAGGGGAAUGUGAAGAAAUAGAGAGGGUAUAUAUAAUCAACUUUCAGCUUGAGUGGAGG